AUGGAAAACUGGAACAAAGCUGAUAUGCUAAAGCUCUUAUGGGCUAUUACUUUCAAAACUGAUAAUUUAUGGGUUAAGUGGAUAACUGCUUAUUAUUUGAGAAAGAAUGAUAUUUAUAGUGUUGUAAUUAACAACAACAUGUCUUGGCAUAUGAGAAAAAUCCUAAAGUCCAGAGAGAUUCUUGGACAGGUGGGAAACUGGGAGAAUGUGAUGUAUCAGGGCAAGUUCAGCAUUAAAAAAUCUUACAAGCUCCUUCAAGGAGAAAUGCAGAAAGUGAACUGGAGAAGGCUCAUAUGUAACAAUAGAGCAAGCCCAAAAAGCAAGUUCAUUGUUCGAUUAGCUGUUCAAAAUAGAUUAUAUACUACUGACAGAAUUAGUAAAUGGAAUGUUGCUUGUCAAUUGCAAUGUAGUUUAUGCACUAAUUGCAAUGAGUCCACCCAACAUCUAUUUUUUGAAUACAGUUACUAUGCGGAAGUGUGGAUGGGCCUUUUACAGUAUAUUGGAAUUUACAGGACUGCAGGUCCUUUUGAUAUGGAAUGCAGAUUGGUGUGUUCCAUAGCUCACAGUAAUAGUGUGAGGGCAAAGAUCUAUGUGAUGAUGUUUUCUGAAGCCAUACAUACAAUCUGCUGUCAGAGAAAUAAUGUAAUUUUUGCUAAUUCCUACUGUCUCCCUCUGUUUAGAUUAAACAAGUGUUAUUCCAAGUUGCUUGUAACUGUAAUGAGGCUGAGAGGAAGAUUUUAG